AUGUCACUUCCGCAGACAUCGACACAGUGGGUGGUCAAGCGUUUCGAUGGCCCAUCCGGUCUCGAGGUGCAGGACGCCCCUCUCCCUCACCUCGAGCACAACGACGUUCUCAUAAAAGUUCAUGCUAUUUCCUUGAACUAUCACGACGUCGGUACUAUCAGGGGCCAUUACGAACACGCCUUGCGAGACGUUGUUCCCGUCUCGGAUGGGGCUGGGGUGGUUCUUGCCGUCGGAUCCAACGUCAAGGACUUUCAACCUGGAGACAGGGUCACGACGGUCAUGAAUGGAGCACAUUCUUCCGGUCCGAUCAAGGCGCAAUACGUCAACUUGCUACUUGGAAACGCCUAUAAUGGGGUCCUCCAGAAGUAUGUCGUCGUUCCAGCACAGUAUUUGAUUGCUCUUCCACCCAAUCUCAGCUUCAUCGAGGGAAGUACGCUGCCGGUGGCGGGGCUCACCGCUUGGAACGCUCUGUACGGCGCCCAAGGACGCCCUCUGCUCCCGGGACAGUGGGUUCUCACCCAAGGAACUGGCGGAGUCAGUACCUUUGCGAUCCUGUUCGCCAAGGCCGCUGGUGCCAAAGUCAUUGCGACCACAUCCUCCUCUGAGAAAGCCGAGAGACUCAAGGAGAUGGGGGCUGAUCAGGUCAUCAACUAUCGCGAGGUCGAAAACUGGGGCACCCAAGCGAGGUCUCUCACCCCGGGCGAGGAGGGCGUUGACCUCGUUGUCGAAAUCGGAGGUGGUGCAACGCUGAAGCAGUCCCUGAAUGCAGUGAAGAUGGAUGGGCUCAUAUCUGUCGUUGGCUUGCGAGCUGGGACCAACCCUGCAGAGCAACCGGUUCUUGUAGACAUGUUCUCCCGCUUCUGCACCAUAAGAAUCGCAUAUGUCGGUCCUCGCUUGCAAUUCGAGGAGAUGAACCGUGCCAUCGAAGCCAAUGAUAUCCGGCCGGUGGUUGAUGAGCGAGUUUUCGGCCUCGAAGAGGCAAGGGAGGCUUUCGAAUACUUGGAGAGCAUGAAGCAUUUUGGCAAGGUCUGCAUUGAGGUGGCCAAGGAUACCUAA